ACCCUAAUGGCUGGUAAGUUGGAUAUGGAAACAGUUGUCUCUACAACAUAGACUUGGCUCAUAUAUGUAGAACCAUAUAUAAUAAUAUAGACUUGGAAGAAAAAACAAUCCCCCAGUAUAGACUAGUUUGAAGUUGAUAAUCUCUCUCAAAUCAAGAAAAAUGUCUGAGAAACUGGACAGUACAAGUUCCCCAGAUGAAGAGGCGAACAAGAAGAUAAAGUUUGAUAUACCUUCAUCAAGCGGGUGGGAAUGGGAAUCUAGAUCAAGCGGGUGGGAAUCUACAUCAUGCGAGUGGGGAUCUAGUGCUACUCAAGACGUUCACUCAAAAGAGGGUGCUAGUGUUCAAGGGCCGGAAUCUAGUGUUAAACAAGGAGAUGGCUCAGAAGGGGGUGCUACUGUUCCAGCGUUGUUCUACUCUAAUGUUGGACAUGGAGAUGGCUCAGAAGAGGGUGCUAGUGUUCCAGGAGAAAGUGUAGUAGCUGAUAACUUGAGCCCAUCAACGGAGAAUACUCCCAGAAACCAGGACGACACCGCCCCAGCAGGCAGUCCAUCUCACUCAGGAGCAUCAGCAAGCACUUCAAUUGUCUAUAACAAGAGAAUCCUCCGCUACAAGAAGAGCUUAACCCAAGGCGAUAUCUCCAGGGGCGAGCUCAUGAUUCCAAUAUUAUAUGGUAGAAAAUUUCUCCCUGAACCUCAGGAACAUGAUGGAAUAUAUGAAGACAUAAAAGUAGCAUUUAUGGACCAUAAGAGACAGGUGUGGCCGAUGGAGGCUUAUUUCUCAGAGCGGACCAGCUCCUACAUGCUUGGGUUGAACUGGGAGAGAUAUGUGAAGAAAUUUAAAUUGGAGCCCGAGGAUAUGAUUUUCUUUUAUCAUGAUCCAGCUCUUCCCACUUACGACCACUACUUGAUGGAAUUUGAAAAAAAAGGGCGCGAUAGCAACCCCACGGAGAAGCCUAGCGAUCCCAAGGAGAAGCCUAGUGAUCCCAUGGAUAAGCCUAGCGAUCCCACGGAGAAGCCUAGAGAUCCCAAGGAGAAGCCUAGAGAUCCCACGGAGAAGCCUAGCGAUCCCAAGGAGAAGCCUAGCGAUCCCACGGAGAAGCCUAGCGAUCCCAAGGAGAAGCCUAGUGAUCCCACGGAGAAGCCUAGAGAUCCCACGGAGAAGCCUAGCAAUCCCACGGAGAAGCCUAGCGAUCCCAAGGAGAAGCCUAGCGAUCCCACGGAGAAGCCUAGCGAUCCCAAGGAGAAGCCUAGCGAUCCCGCGGAUAAGCCUAGCGAUCCCAAGGACACCACUUGAGGCCGAAUAAGAAAAGAAGUCUUUUUGGUGGGCGAAUGCAUUCAGAAUCUAGCUGGGUAAUAUAUUUUCUUCUUGUUCUUCAAAGGAGAUUCAAUUUUAAUAAUCUCUUUACAUGUAGAAUCUCGCUUUCCAUGAUGUAUCAUAAAACAUUUUAUAUCAGAUUUGCAGUUUGAAAAUUCUUACGUUGUGAUGUUAGAAAAGUACUGAUAGGUAGAAGAAAGGGAAAACCCACGCCAAAAUCUGAAUUGAUCUGUAUUUAUUCUUGAUUCUGAAGGUUGUUCAAAGAGGUUUAAAUACAGUGCUAUGAUCAAAUGGGAUUCUAACUAA